AUGUCCGAAGCCCAGAAACCCGUCGAGACUGCCCCCGUGGCCCCCGUCGUCGCAGAGGUUGCCCCCGUCGUCGAACCUGCAGCUCCAGUGACCGACGCCGCCGCUGCCGCUGCAGCUCCAGCCACAGAAGCUCCCAAGGAUAUCACGGUUGAGCCUGAGGUACCGGCAAAGGACGAAGUGAAGGCGGAAAUCACGCCAGCCACGGAUGGCACACUUGGUCACAAGGCACCCGGAUUAGUCAAGAGCCUUCGCUUUGCAAAACGCUAUUUCUGGUUCAGUGACGAUGCCGUCGAAGCCGGAAACCUGAGCCACUACCUCCAGAACGAGAAGCUGAGCGUCGCUCACCCCACUGCCGCCUGGGCCAGCCAGACUGGAAAGGGCUUGCUUUUCUUCGCCAAACGCCCGGAAGACAAGACUCAUCCAACCGGCAUCAUCAACUUGGCUGAGAUCUCCGAUGUUGUCAAGGAGGGUGUCAAUGAACUCUCCUUCAAGUGGAAUGGCCACAAGCACGCUUUCCAGGCAUCAUCCGCUGAUGAGCGCGACAGCUGGGUCGUCGCCCUUGAGAAGAAUUCUACCGAAGGAAAGGCCGCAAAGGAGGGUCUUGUCGACAGCGAGGCCUACAAAGCUGAGCUUGAAAAAUUCACCAAACCAGGAGCUGCCGUUGUUGCCCCAAGCUCGCCGAAAAAGAGUCUCGAAGCAAGGGCUAAGGAUGUUGUGAAGAAGGUUGAGGGAGAAGUCAAGGCCAAGAGCCGCUCUCAAUCUCGCAAGCGUGCCAGCAUCUUUGGCGCCAUCCUUGGAAAGAAAGAGGACACUGAAGCCAAGAAGGAAGAAAAGGCUGAAGGUGAGGAAGUGAAGAAGGUGGAAGCUGAGCCAACUCCUGAAGAGCCUGCUGUUGCUGUUGCUCCUGCCGCCGUCGCUGCCACCACCGAAGCGGCGCCCGUCACUGAACCUGCCGAAGUUACUCCAGCUGUUGAGGACAAGACAGAGGAAGCGCCAAAACGGCCCGAAAUUAAGGCUAAGCGCAACUCUAUGUUUGGAACUCUAUUCCAGAAGGUUACCAGCCAAGGCCACGGAAAAGCCGACAAGGAGCCAGCGAUCAAGGCACCUGAGACCACCGUGUCGAGCACUGCUCCCCAACUCGACGAUCCCGUUCACCCAGCUACCGCUGAGCCAAUUCAGCCAGAGAGCGUGAUCCAGCCUGAGGCCACCACUGAGCCAGCAAAGGAAGUGCAAGAAGAGACAGCAACCUCCCCAUCCUCCAUUAAAGGUGGUUUCUUAAACUUUAUGAAGAAGAAUGAGGAUAAGAAGGAGGCCAAGUCUGAGGAAAAGGCUGAGAAGAAGGCAGAAGAAUCACCUGCUGAGGAGCCAGCUGCUGCUACCUCUGAGCCAGCCCCAGGCGCCACCUUGAAGGAAAGACGCCGCACUUCUUUCUUCGGUAACUUUGGUACCAAGAGGGAGAAGAAGGUCGAGACCUCCGAAGGUGAGCCAACAGAGGCUUCAGAGCCUCCCAAGGUUCGCUCUCCAUCCAUUCCAAGGCUUGGAGGUCUUUUCCGCAAGCCUAGCAAGGCAGUCAAGAAGGAGAAGGAGCCUGCCGUCGCUGCUGAAGGCGAAGCCUCCACCGAAGUUGCUCCAGCCGCCGCCGUCACUGAGACCGUCAAGGACACAACUGCUGCCGUAAAUGGAACCGAAGAGCCCGAGAAUAAGCCUGCUCCUGCCACCGCGCCCGUCGCGCAGCCCGUCCAGGCUGCUGCGUGA